AUGCCAACUAUACAUAAAAGACAAACUACUAGUUUAGAUUUCACUCCUCGGCCAGAUAAACAUAUCCUUCGAGAAGCAUUAGUUAAAUGGUUUGCAAUGGAUUGCCUUCUAUUUACUUCUAUUAAAUCAGAAUACUUCUGUAAACUAGUUGAACCUCAG